AUGGGUUCCCAACAACAAAUUGUCAAUGAGUUUCUGGCAUUCGUGCAGAAUGCCAUCGACACAAUGGAUGAAGUCAGCAUCGAGCAGAUCUGCAAAUCUAAUUUCAACGAAGAUGAGAUUUGCAGUGGCAAGAUGCUGCUGUUCCAGAGCUGCGGCAAAGCGCAGCAGAUGCCAUCUCGUCGGAGGGAUGGAGGCUUGAAGAGUGUCCAGGAUGUUACUGCAUUCUUGAAGAAUACCGAUCCGGACGACGUGCCUACUUUCGUGGCGAAGGAGCUGCACAAGUUGCCUCCGGUCACCUUUGACCACGUCGACGUCACCAGGCUGUUAAAGGACAUCACGUCCUUGAAGUCGAGUUUGGCUGAAGUUCAGUCAAAAUUGGAGGCGUCGGAUAACUCCAUAAGUGAGCUACGUGCCGAAGUUGCGUUGUUACGCAACCCCGCUUCGGUAUGUAGGUCACCGACAGUCUCCUACGUCAACACGCGUCGCGGGGCGCGAAAAGCAUCCGUCGGCAGUAUUGAGUCGGCUCGUAUGUCGCCGGUCAUUGCUGUUGUCAAUGCACCGUGCCCCCCUGCCCGCCCCUCCGCCUCGGAGGUUACGUCACCCGUAUGGACGUCAUCGCCCGGGCGUGCAUACGCCGCGACUAUUAGCAGCGGAACCGCGACUUCAAAACCCGAGUUGCGGAAAACUGCAAAGGGCGGUAGUAAACCCCGAAUGCCUGUCUCUGGAAUCGCAGGUGCCAAAUCUCAGAGGCAGACCGACAGGUGCGACGAGGACGGCUUCACAAAGGUGGAGAAGAGAAGAAAGAAACCCACCAGCCGAAAUCUAUGUGGCACAGCUCCAACGGGACAGAACUUCUUGCUUCGAGCAAUGAAGGUCCGCGAUAUUGUGCUAGUGGUUGUAGUAUGCGGUGGAACUGUGGUGGCGCUUUUGGCGCUUGCCGCGUAUCUAUACGCGCGGCGCCGUAAGCGCAAGCGCGACCUCGAGGACGGCACAAGUUGCGCUAUUAGGUAA